GUAGACCAAGACUCGUCGCUCGUCACCAGCGCAGCAAAGCAGAGCAACCCCAACCGAACCGUCGUUUUUCUCCCCCCACCUUCCCUCCGCGUCCCCGCCCUCCCCUCUGAGGCCACCUAGCAAGCUCCGACCGUCCACGAGCGAGCUGCCCGGCCGCCGGCCGCCGAUGCCGAUGAAGAAACCGGGCAAGCUCGCGCUGCCCUCCCAGGACUCCACCAUCGGCAAGUUCCUGACGCAGAGCGGCACGUUCAAGGACGGGGACCUGCUCGUCAACAAGGACGGGCUCCGCAUCGUCCCCCAGAGCGAGGAAGGCGAGGCUCCCCCUAUCAAGCCGUUGGAUAAUAAUCAUCAGCUGAGCAUAGACGAUCUAGAUUCAAUCAAAGUGAUCGGGAAAGGUAAUAGCGGAACCGUGCAAUUGGUGCGCCACAAAUGGACCGGCCAGUUUUUUGCUCUCAAGGUUAUACAGCUCAAUAUUCAGGAAAGCAUACGCAAGCAGAUGGCCCAGGAGCUGAAAAUAAGCUUGUUUACACAGUGCCAGUAUGUUGUCACAUGCUAUCAGUGUUUCUAUGUCAAUGGUGUUAUUUCUAUUGCUUUGGAGUAUAUGGAUGGUGGCUCUCUCGCUGAUUUCCUCAAGGCUGUUAGAACCGUUCCAGAGGCCUACCUUGCUGCAAUUUGUAAGCAGGUGUUGAAAGGGCUGAUGUACUUGCACCACGAGAAGCGCGUUAUACACCGAGAUCUGAAACCAUCGAAUAUAUUGAUAAAUCAUAGGGGUGAAGUAAAGAUAUCAGAUUUUGGUGUUAGUGCCAUCAUCUCGAGUUCUUCCGCACAGCGAGAUACAUUUACUGGCACAUUUAACUACAUGGCGCCUGAAAGAAUCAGUGGGCAGAAACAUGGUUAUAUGAGUGAUAUCUGGAGCUUGGGCCUAGUUAUGCUGGAAUGUGCCACUGGCAAUUUCCCAUAUCCUCCUCGUGAAAGCUUUUAUGAACUUCUUGAAGCUGUUGUCGACCAACCAUCACCUUCUGCACCAUCAGAUCAGUUUUCACCAGAGUUUUGUUCAUUCAUUUCUGCUUGUAUCCAGAAAAAUGCUGCAGAUAGGUCAUCUGCCCAAACCCUAUCAGCUCAUCCAUUCCUGAGCAUGUACGAUGACCUGAACAUCGAUCUUUCUGACUACUUCACGACCGCAGGAUCACCACUUGCCACCUUCAAGCAAAUCGCAUUGUGAGACGACAAAUGCUCAACCAUGCGUCAUGAGAUGGAGCUAACUGAAGCAAGUGAAUGGAGUUUUUUCCCCCUUCCUUUUGUUCAUGAACUGGGCUUUGGUGAUAUCUUUGAACCGAGUAUGACACAGUUGGCUGCAUAAUUAUACGAAUACAAGUCUGUAAACCAUCAGUGAGCAUCGAAGUUUUGCCUGUCUGCAUACCGGAGCCAUCCGUUUGUGGUCUGACUUAGACCUUUGUUAUGUAUGGGCUUAUCGCUUUUGCAUUUCAUUUUUACUGUAAUGAAACUACAUUUUGCUGGGUCGCUUCAUGACCUGAUUUGGACUAGUAUUUCCAAGCUUUUA